AUGCGUCCCCACACGCUCUUCUUCAUGGCAACAGCGGCGCAGACAGUGAUGUCACCGCGGCCUGACGUGGUUUAUAGUGGGACCCGCACGGUAGGGUCUUCAGCGCGGGAGUUAUGGCCCCAGGACGGGACACUGAGUGGGGCGUCGCCCGACUGCAAGCCACAGAGCUGCACAGUCUCCACACGCCUGCCCUCUGUGCGCUGUCAGACGGGCUCUAUCGCAGCGGGGCCCUCAUGCUCCCUGACUUGUGACCCGCUUUCCCCUGUGGCCGGGGGCUUCGCAGAGCUGCAGUUUAGGCAAACAUCUCUUCGGCUGUUAUUUCCAUUUGCGUCGGCCCCGCCGUCAUCGGACGCACGCACCAGAGGAGACAGCACAAUUAAGGGAAAGUGUUUAGCGCUUGAGAUUAUUUACCGGGACUGUCCAGCGAAGAAGGCCCACGGAGACACGCGUCCAUCAGGGGAAGACAAUUCAAUUACAGGAGAUGGCGAGGAGGGCGCCCGAGUGCACAGCAGCGCGCUGCUGCAUCAGUGGGGGGACGCCAAAGCUGCUAGAAGUAACCCAGCCGCAGCAGCGAUUAGGAGGCCCGCGCAGACAUGCAAGGCUCGCACGGCUCUGCUCAGUGUUACCGCCGUGGCCCGGAUCGCCCGCGCUAAACGCCCUGUGACAACAGCAAGAUUAAUGACCAGGCACCUGCUCCGCAAAGGCCAGCUGUAA